AACUGGCACUUUGAUAUUAGCUUCUGAAUAUUAUUUAAGUAUUCUAUAUUCAAAUUCAAUUCCUCAAAAAUCUUGUGUAGACCGAAAGAAAUUUGCGGGCAAGCGCUGAAUGCCUUGGAAAUUUCUGCCGCCGCCGAAAAGUAUGCAACAAAAUUUUAAUUUUGCAACGUUGACGACCGAAGAUUAAAUCCCAAAGAAACGAAGAAACUUUAAGCUAAGCUUCAAAUCUAAUCAUGAAGUUAAUUGUGUGUGUCUGCGAUUAUUGGAGGCAUCGACACUACUACAACCGCCCCGUUCCAAAUCGCAUUCAAAUACUCUCCGGCGGCGAGGGCAACACUAAGAGCAAGAUUGAGUCUGUGCGCCGCUUGGUCUUGGAGCUGGAUGCAGUUAGUGGCAACUAUGUGCUACGUGAGCUAUUGCAGCAGCGUGUGCUUAAGCAGUGGCUGUUGCAAGUGCUGGGUGUGCGAUUGGUAUGGCUGAAAUUUCAUACGCCUAAGUGCUGGGCCAUCGACUAUAAGUGGGCGGACAUGUUGGCGCACAGCAUUUGGAUGCACAUGGAGCUGGAGCACCUGAUGUGCUGGCUAUCCACCCUGGGCGGCGGCUACUCGGCGCUGGGGGAUCAGUUUAACAGCUGCGCACAGACAGCGGGUGAAAUAUCGCUGCAGCAGCUGGCAAUUGGUCUGCGGCUGGGCGAUCCCUUCCUGCAGGCACGUUGCAAGCUCUACUACAGCAUCUCCUUGAUACAGGUCGGACAACUGCGCAGCGCCAAGUAUGUAAUACGCGCUCAGUAUCGAUUCGCUUAUGGCGUGCAGAAGAAGCGCGACAAGCGCCUGAUGCGCAUGUGCCUGGGCGUUUGGCAGCGUCUCUGCUAUGAGUACGAACAGAGACAGAAAAAACGUAUUUUGAUUGGAAAUGGAAAAUGAUUUAUAAU